AUGGCACCGAUGCUGCACGAGAGGGCGUUUUUGACGGACACGGCGAUGCUGUAUGUUUUGAUGAGCCACGACGUAAUGAUAAGGACGGGGGUUGAUCUUAGACUAUCGUGGACCAAGAGCUGGAACACGUAUGGCAGGCAGGCCAGGGGUAACUCUGCUUUCUUUUGGUCUUCGGCUGGAGUAUCCGAACCCGGAUGGCGGGUGUGGCCUUGA